AUGGCUCGGUCGCCCGGCUCCUCUGUCGCCCCAGACAAGGAUGUCAUCGCCAUCUCAGAUGACUCAGAUAGCGACUCAGUAUCCGAGUGCCAGCUAGUGUUACCAGAGAACCCAACCGUCAAAGCUGAGCCGGCCGAGGAAGCAAAUAAGACGUUUCCCGUCGACUUCAAUACCUCGACGAACCACGACAAUGGGUUCGACGAUAACCCCAUCGCGACCUCCACUAGCACCACGACUGAAUCUGAGCUUGCUGAGUUGGACUACGAACAAAAUGUUACCACGGGCCAUGAGUCGAAUGAUGACGAGGAAGAUUUCAAGCCGGAUAAGCCCAACUCCAAUUCUAGACCAAUCAUGCCAAUUGAGCCUAGUGAUGGGCAGAAGGAUACGCCAGUUGCUCAAACCCCGAUCGAGAACCACGACACGAUGGCAGAAGAUGCUGGGUCGCGUCACGAUGGUGAUGCAGAUGACAAAAUACACAGUGGGAAGCAGGGACUAGCUGAGAGCGAGCUCGAGGACGGACACACUGACGUCGAUCUUGUCAAGGCCGCAGAUGAUGGUUCAAAUGCGCCACACCCUGAUGCUACCCAGAUGGCACGCCCCGAGUCUUUCGACGAGUACAAUACUAGCAAUCAUCCAGAACAGGUGGAUUUGGGAGGACCGUCAGAGCCUCCCUUCCCUCCGGAAGAAGACUCGGAGAUGCACGGCCUCGAAGCUCUUCAGCAGUACAACCAGAAUAAGACCAACCUUAUUGAUAUUGAGGACGGUGACGACGCGAUUGAUGAGUCCGCUUGGGACUUUGCAGGGCCAUCAAACAACCCUAUUGAAGAAAACGGCGACGAGAUGGAUUGGAACGCCGUCAUCGACAAGGACCCCGCCGCUGAAGAUGCACAAGCAGGUGCGUAUUUUGCCCUGCGCAAGGCAGAGUAUGAGAAAAAGGUGGCCGCAAAGACAAAUACUAAAGCAGACGACAUUCUAUUCGCUACAGAGAAGGUUGCUGAACACAGACGGCUCCGGGACAUUGCAAGAAGGAAGCUUGUAGUAAACAAUACUCUCACGCGAGAUGACCUCCCUGCAGGUUAUGAGGAGGCAGAUUCGCUAUUCGUUCCAGAGAUUCCUACCCGACCAGGUCCUCCACCAAAGGAGGGAGCAGCGCCAAAAACUCGCAACCGACUCUCCAAGAAGGAGCUACAAGAUGCUAUCUCUGCUGGCAUUGAUGCCGGCUUCGGCGAGGGUCGAAAGCCAAAGAGAAAGGCAGCGGCUUUCACAGAAGAUCGUCAGCCAAGGAAGAAACGGGCCACGAACCAGAACGGCGACGUCCCAAAGUCCUACAAGAAGAGAGGUCGGCCUCGACGGCCGAACCUGAGCAAUCUCCAAAGCCUUGGACAGACCAACAUCGUGGGCGCUGCCCAAGCCAACGCUUCGAGACCGGACAUGCCGACCUUCACGUCGUCCAACAAAGCCACGGCACUGAAAGAACUCAUUGCGAGCAUCCCGUCGGCUGAGCGUGGCUCUGCCAAUUCGGAUCGAGCAGCUGUCUUGGAGGCCACCAAGAAAUUUAAAGGGCGUGGCGCCGUGAGAUCAGACAACCACGGCGGGUGGAAGCUUCGAGGCAUGGAGUCUUCGCUCUACAACCACCAACUGCUCGGCGCUGCCUUCAUGCGAGAACGGGAGACCGGAGAAGCAAAACCGAAGGGUGGGCUAGUCUGCGAUGAAAUGGGGUUUGGCAAAACAAUACAGAUGAUUGCGAACAUCCUGGAUGGCAAAGCGGAUGAGGGAAGUGCUAUCAAAACCACGUUGAUCAUUGCACCGCCUACCCUGCUCAAUCAAUGGAUGCAGGAAAUGGACAAGCACGUAAAGGGGAACGCCAUGGGUCGAAUUCUCCGUUUCCACUCCGGUUCUCGUCUUCAAAGCAACAAUAUCGUCGCGGACUUGACGGCGUACGAUGUGAUUCUGACAACCUAUGGCGAGGUCCAGAAGAGCUAUCCUCUGGCAGAGCCGCCCAAGAAUUUGGCGUCCGAUGAGCAAAAGAACAAGUGGUGGAAGGACUACUUCCUCAACAAUGUCGGGCCACUUCAUCGGAUCAAGUUCCACCGCAUCGUCCUCGAUGAAGCCCAUCACAUCAAGAACCAUACGUCCAAGACCUCGAUUGCCGUGCGUGCUCUCACGGGAAUCUAUCGAUGGUGCAUCACAGGGACCCCGAUCCUGAACUACAUCGAAGAGCUCUUUCCGUACUUCUCUUUCCUCAGGGUUCCUCAUACGGGGGACUACGCGACCUUUUGCCACAACUUCUGCAACAAUCGGAUCAAUAAAGACCCAGUGAAUCUGGGCAGGCUUCACAAUUACUUGAGGGGUAUCAUGUUGAGGAGGACCCACGUGGACACGCUGUUCAAUGCUCCCAUCGUCAAACUGCCUGGUAUCACGCACAACACCGUCUUGGUCGAAUUUAACGCCGUGGAGAGGAAUAUCUACAACAUUGUCAAGUCGAGAUAUAUCCAGCGAAUCAACACGUACUCGACAUCCGGGAACCUCAACAGCAAUUAUGGCAACAUUCUGGGCAUGUUGAUGCGUCUCCGAAUGCUCUGUUCGCACAUCAUGCUGUGUCAAGACCUGUUGAAGCGAUUGUUCGUGGCGGCAGACAUCGAGACUCUGUGGAGGUUGGCGGCCAAAGAAGUGUCGGCCUCUCGAGACAACGUUGCGGUGAACAUGAUGCGAGCUCUGAGAAGGAUGCUCGUUGACAACGAAAACACGCUCAAGACAUUCCAGACCAGGGAGCUCGAAGGGGCUAAUGUGACGCCAGAUGUCGAAGACGAUGGAAACCUUGCCACGGGUUCCGACUACGGACUUUCCUUCCAGUUCCGAAAGUUCCUUCGGGCGUUGGCCACAUCCGAGACCUGGACGGAAGUGCAUCUUCGGUCAAUCUGUGCCAAAUGUCGCCAACCUCCCGACGAACCGGUCUGUACUUCAUGCUUCCACGUGUACUGCCAAGAAUGCAUGACGGCCAUGGACGAAGAGCGGACAAAGAGAGGGGAAGAGAAGAUGGCGUGCCUCGAAUGCCAGACGUUUUUCGAAGAGUGGUCCGCCUGUAGCGGCCUGAAAGAGCUCGGUUUCAACAAUCGGGAGAUGGCGGCCAAGGUGGAAAAGAAGAAGAGACAGCUAGCCAAGCUGACGCAAAAGGCCAAAGGGGGGGCGAGAAGUGCUGGUUUCCGCCAUGGUAGUAACACCUCGGAUGAAAACAGCGAGGACGAGGAGGAAGACCUGGACUGGCUGGAAGCGGGUGGCGAUCUCCUCCCGUCUGCCAAACUGUUGGCGGCGAAGGCGGCCAUCCUCAACUGGAAGAAGCAGGACGAGGGACAAAAGGUGCUCGUCUACACCCAAUUCCUGGGGCUCGGGAAGAUUUUCAGCAAGGUCUGCUCGGCCGAGGGAUGGGGCCAUGUGCUCUUCAACGGCAAAAUGUCCCUUGACGCGCGAGCACGGGCGAUCGACAAAUUCCAGCACGAUCCCAACAUCUUCAUCAUGAUCUGCUCCUUGAAGGCCGGCGGGGUGGGUCUGAACCUGAGCAUGGCGAGCAAGGUCAUCAUUCUGGAUCUGUGGUUCAACUCGUCGGUCGAAGCCCAAGCGUACUGCCGCGCGUUUCGGAUCGGGCAGGAAAACCGUGUCGACGUGCUCCGCUUCGUGGUCAAGGGUUCCAUCGACGAGGAUCUGAUUCGCAUGCAGGAACGCAAGGACGUCGAGGUCACGAGUGCCAUCGGGCCGGACAGCAUGGGGAAACGAGCCACGAUCCAGCAGUUGCUCGAGUUGUUUGGCGAGGUCAAAGAGCAGGGACAGAACGAGUUCAUCUUGGUGGAGGACGAGAACGACGGCCAAGACGACGCCGACGCCGACAAUGUCGACCUGACCCAUCGGCUGCCCCCUCGACCAUUUUGA